CUGUCACCGCUCAUAACGGCUCCAGACCGGCGCCCUGCCCAGCGCUCCUCUACCGCGCGCACCGCCGGUCAUUAAUUCAUCUCAUAAAAACGGCAGACACCUGGGCAAAGCCGCGGCAGCAGUUGCAUUCGAUAGAUUUUUUUAUUAGGGUUUUUAUCUCCGUGGAUGAAAAAAAAAAGUUUUAACUGACACUGCGUUAAAUAGGAGCGCAGAAGCUGCGCGAGUCCACGGAAGGACAAACCGGGCUCCUCUGAACCUCCUCAGCAUCUGUUUCUCUCACUGGGGCUGCUGUUUGUAAAAUUUGUUCAAGUAAGAGAUUCGCCUGUGAGAGGAAGAUAUGAAGUUAGUCGGCUCACUUUGGAUCCUUUGGUUUCUCCUGGUGAGCAGGGCGGCAGGAGGCACUGAGUCAGUCUCAGAACCAUCACUCAGGACCGGACAUAGUGCGACCGAUGGACAGGGCCAGGCCAUGAGCGAGGGUCAGUACAGAUGUCUUGAGCUGUCCAACAAAGACCAACAAGAAAACAGAACUGGUACGUUCUGUGGACGCAUGUGGGACGGCUUUCUGUGUUGGGAUGAGACACCAGCUGGGACAACUGUAACAAGAAAGUGUCCAAAUCACCCUGACCUGGACCCAACUGAGAAAGUGACAAAAUAUUGUGCCGAAAGGGGUAACUGGGUGCAGACUGGGUCUACUUGUCAACCAAUUUCAAAGAACAGAUUAGAGAAGGAAGUCCCCCAUUUUUUAAUGGAUGCUCCCGGAGAGCCAACCACAGAGGCCACAGGGGUUAGCACAAAAAAAGAUGGUGUUGCGGAAAUAAUGAUCAGUGAGAAUGAAAAGAAAUGCUCAGAGAAAAUAAAGCAAGAUCCACCCUAUAACAAAUCAGAGCUGUACUGUGCUCGUACCUGGGAUGGCUGGCUGUGCUGGGACGACACUCCUGCAGGAACCUACGCCUCCCAAAACUGCCCCAACUAUUUUGGUGACUUUGACCCAACAGAAAAGGCAACUAAGUACUGUGGAGAGGACGGUCAGUGGUUUCACCAUCCGGAGUCCAACAGGAUUUGGACCAACUAUACACUCUGUGCAACGUCCUAUGAGAAGAGACUGAGGAAACUGAAAAUGCUUGAGAAUGAGCACAAAUGCCUCCAGAAAAUAAAUCGAGACCCACCUUUUAACAGAUCAGGGCUGCACUGCAGUGGUAACUGGGAUGGCUGGCUGUGCUGGGACGAGACUCCAGCGGGAACUUACACCUCCCAAAACUGCCCAGAUUAUUUUUUUGACUUUGACCCCACAGGAAAGGCAACUAAGUACUGUGGAGAGGAUGGAAAGUGGUUUCAGCAUCCAGAGACCAAUAAGACCUGGACCAACUAUACACUUUGUGCCGUUAACACUAAGGAGAGGCUGAAGGCAGCUGCCCAGCUCUCAGAGGACACUGAGGUAGAGUCUGCUGAUGAGGCCACGGUCAGCCCCAUGGUUAAUCCAGAGGAACAGGAAAUUGUGAGAAAGAAGAUCCUUGACAGCCAGUAUAAAUGCUUUGAGAAGAUGAAUCGAGAUUUACCGUAUAACAAAUCAGGGCUGCACUGCAGUCGUAACUGGGAUGGCUGGCUGUGCUGGGACGAUACUCCAGCGGGAACGUACACCUCUCAAAACUGCCCCAAUUAUUUUGUUGACUUUGACCCGACAGAAAAGGCCACAAAGUACUGUGGGGAGGACGGGCAGUGGUUUCGCCACCCAGAUACCAACAGGACUUGGUCCAACUACACACUCUGCAAUGAAAACACUAAGGCAAAGUUAAAGUCAGCAUACAUCCUGUUUUACAUGGCGAUUGUGGGCCAUGCUCUAUCCAUAGCCUCCCUGCUCAUCUCCCUGGCCAUCUUCUUCUAUUUCAGGAGUCUGAGCUGCCAAAGGAUCACCCUGCACAAGAACCUCUUCUGCUCUUAUGUGCUCAAUUCAGCACUCACCAUCAUCUACCUCGUAGCAGUGGUCAACAAUCCUGAAGUAGUGGGCAGAAACCCGGUUGGCUGUAAAGUAUUGCACUUCUUCCAUAUGUACAUGCUGGGCUGCAAUUAUUUCUGGAUGCUGUGUGAAGGCAUCUACCUGCACACACUCAUUGUGGUGGCUGUGUUUGCAGAGGAGCAGCAUCUCCACUGGUACUACCUGCUGGGCUGGGGUUUUCCUCUAGUGCCUGCAUCCAUCCACGCCGUGGCAAGGAAAAAGUAUUUUGACGACAACUGUUGGAUGAGUGUGGAAACCCAUCUGCUCUACGCCGUCCAUGGUCCCAUAGUGGCAGCACUCCUUGUGAAUCUCUUCUUCUUACUAAAUAUUAUAAGAGUACUGGUGACCAAGUUGAGAGACACACACCGAGCAGAAUCCAACAUGUACAUGAAAGCAGUAAGAGCCACCCUGAUCCUGGUGCCCCUGCUGGGAAUACAGUUUGUCAUUUUUCCCUGGAGGCCAGAGAACCGCCUAGCUGGGGAGGUCUACGAGUACAUCAUGCACAUACUCAUGCACUACCAGGGAUUACUGGUGGCAACAAUAUUCUGCUUCUUCAAUGGAGAGGUGCAGGCAGCUCUAAAGAGACAGUGGAUGCAGUACAAAACCCAGUGGGGUCAGAGACGAAAGGACCACUGCUCAAUGCGCUCCACGUCCUACACAGCAACCUCCAUCACUGAGGUACCCGCCUUCAUGUACCACCAUGACUGUAACAGCGAACACUUGAACGGGCGCCACACUGAGGACUCAGAACUGGUGGCACUAAAGUCAGGAGAGGCGUACGCUUGAGCCACACCAAGGACAAAGAGUGAAGCAUUGAGAAAAGCUGAAGAAGAGCAACUGAGCAACAGAGAUGUACAAUAAGAAAGGAAAAUCCGGGUUUCCCGGCAGAUCUCAGUGAUUAAAUCUCACAGGCUGAUGCCAGUUUGUUCAGUAAUGAUACAGGUCCGAGAAGAAGGAGCUCACUGGUAUGGAGAUGGAUUAGCUACAAGGCUGACACUUCACUUUACUUUACAUUGCUGUCGCGAACUUGUGAUGUCAAGAACUUGUGGCAUGAGACAAGAGCUGCUUUUGACACGUGUCACUUCCUAAAGCUGCUAAAACUGUGCACACUCACAGUGACGAAGGCUUGUGCUGGCGUGGAGACAGAAAUGACUGUGACUGUGAUGACGGGGAGGGUGGCGGUGUUUUCUGUAUGAGACGAUAGCGCUGAAUGUGACAGUGAUGAUGGUGUUGUUUCUGAUUUAGAGGAGGUGGUGAAUCAUGUUUUUGAUGGUGCCAUGAUGAUGAUUUUUAAGGUGAUGUAGAAGAACCAAUCCUUCCUAGCCUCACCUAUACCAAAGGGUACUGUAUGUUGGUCACAGCUAUGAAGGGGCGCACCAUGUCCAGCUGAGCACAGACAUGGUACCCUGAAGCUAAACACAAACACACAUGCGUGCACACACACACAUACACACACACACCAACAAACUUCAGACACCUGAUCAUAUGUGCCAUAAUAGGAGGUCAAAUUUCAAAAGACCCUCUGCGUUUGAAGCUCUGGAAUUAUGUACAUAAUAUAUGUUCACCAUGUUUUAUUUGAAAAAAAAAUGUUUUAAAAGGAUUUUAUUUUUGUUUUCUAUCAAUAUUUUAUUCUUGCUGAUUCCUAAGUACGUGCUACAUGUGUGUCCUGUGAUGCUGCACUCCUAACGGCUUUGUUGUUUCCUGCGGUUGCUAUA